ACUUCAUAUGGGAUAUGACAAACAUUAACUUGUAAUUCUCAUCUCAGCAUAUUCUUUGGCAAUUAAAAUGAAAAAUAGAAAUAGCCUAAUAGACUUAUAGACAUGACAAUUAACAAGGCGCUAUAAGUUGACGAGUAAACCCAAAAUAAAAGUAAGAAUCUUGGUCUUGGAGAUUACUUAGCUUGUUCAUUCUAAUUAGAUGAGAGGCAAUAGAGUGAUUUAUUGGGAUCCUAAAAAGGUAGAGAAGAAGGGAAGGCGUGAGAUUAAGGAAGGAAUUUUUUGGAUCAUCCCUAAAAAUGUAAGGAAAAAAAAUGGUUGUUUGGUGAUCCAGUCAACAACAAAAGAGUAAAAAUAAUUAUCCAUAAAGAUUAAAGGGACAAUACAUGUGUACUUUCCCAUUCCCAUACCCUUAAAUAUUAUAAGACAUCCCCACAAACACACCCAAUUAUUCACUUUCACUAUUAUUUUCUUGAGUUCCGGAGCUCCCUCUCCCUACCUUCCCACCUUUGUCCCCACUCUCCAUUCCUUGCCUUUUUCCUUUUCCUAACAUCAUUUGAAAUAAAAUUAGAAUUUUUGUCUGAUUAAUUUUAUAUACAACAUACAAGAUUUGAUUAUUAUUUCAUUUUCCGUGCUAGAUGAUAAAUUAUCAAUUAUUUUUAGGGGAACAUCCUAAGAGACUGUUACAUAAUUUUCCGUUUGUUUUAAAGAUGAUUUAUAAUUGAUGACACAUUGUCGUUGAGUUGACACUUUAAGAUUUCUCCCUAUAGUUGUAAAACGGAAUAUGUAAAGAUGAUUUAAAACCGAUGAUAUAUUGUGGUAGGGGCACAAACUCUAAGCUGUAGCUAAAAGUAAAAUUUGAAUGUGAAUUGAGAGAAAGAAGCAUGUGGUGGGGAGGGUGAUAAAUGAGGCAAUAAAUAGGAUAAUAAUGGGGAUGUAAUUGUGAGACAAAAAGCUUCCAAAGUGAAAUCAAAAAAAGAGAAAGCAAAAGCAGCAGUCAGUCAGACAGAGACUCAAGAUUGAAGAAUUGAAGCUCCAGAGUCCAGAACAUACAAACAAAGAUUUUCCCAUCAUUUCCUCUUUCUUUUCAAUACUAGCUACAAUUUAGCCUAAAGAAGAAGAUAAUGAGUGUGAAAUGAUUGAGGAAAAAAAAUAGAGAGAAAUUAUUACUUGUAUUAAAGAUAGAGAAAACUCAAACAAUGGUAGCAGAAGAUAAACACCAACUCUCUACCCAUCCUUUACCUGAUUCCAAGCUCUGCACUACUUUGAAUAACCGCAGCAUCUUUCAGGACGUUGCUGGGGACAUUACUGUUGUCGUCGAUGGCGAAUCCUUUCUACUGCACAAGUUUCCCCUAGUCACUCGAAGUGGCAAAAUCAGAAAAAUGGUUGCAGAUGCCAAGGAUUCCAAGGUCUCCAAGUUGGAGCUUCACAACCUACCAGGGGGUUCUCAAGCAUUCGAGCUCGCUGCCAAGUUCUGCUACGGCAUGAACUUUGAGAUUACAGCAGGUAAUGUGGCCUACUUGCGCUGUGCUGCUGAGUACUUGGAAAUGACUGAAGACUAUCAGCAAGAGAACCUAAUUGUAAGAACAGAAGCUUAUCUUGAUGAGGUGGUUGUUCAGAGUAUUGAGAAAUCUGUAGAAGUUCUCUCUGCCUGUGAGUCCCUACCUAUUUCCAUGGUUGAAGAGGUGGGAAUUCCAAGCAGAUGUGUGAAUGCCAUUGCUGCCAACGCGUGCAGAGAGCAGCUGGCUUCGGGUUUUUCACAUGUAAGUUGCCAUGAGGAUGACUCGGCAGAAUUAAAAGAAGCUGCAGGCUACAUUGAAUGGUGGGUUGAAGAUCUGUCUGUACUCAGGAUAGAUUUCUAUCAGCAGGUCAUCUCAGCUAUGGCGAAAGCAGGUGUUGAUACUUGCAGUAUCAUCGCGUCUUUGAUGCAUUACGCACAAGAAUGGUUAAAGGGCAUUGGAAAACUUCAGAUAUGGAAUCCAGCAAGGUUAAGACCACAUUGUGGCACACAAGAGCAUGACCAGAAGGUGAUUAUUGAGGCCCUUGUCGAUCUUCUUCCAACAGAGAAAUCGAAAUCUUCACCAAUUCCCCUUAGUUUCCUGUUUGGUUUGUUAAGGAUGGCAAUCAUAGUGGAUGCCAACAUCUCCUGCAGGGUUGAGCUGGAGAGGCAGGUUGGUUGUCGGCUAGAAAUGGUGUCUCUUGAUGAUCUGCUUAUCCCGUCUGUUCACAAGGGAGAUUCGUUGUUUGAUGUUGACACAGUCUGCAGAAUACUGGCAAACUUCCUUCAGCGGAUGGAGGACGAAGAAACUACUGAAGAUCAAAGUGGGUAUGAAUCACAAGGUUUUGGCUCUCCCACUCAUGGUUCUCUAUUGAAGGUUGGACGUCUUAUUGAUGCAUAUCUAGCAGAAAUUGCCCCUGAUCCUUACCUGUCCCUGCAAAAAUUCACUGCUAUUAUUGAGGCUUUGCCGGAUUAUGCCCGAGUCAUUGAUGAUGGGCUUUACAGAGCACUUGACAUCUAUCUCAAGGCUCACCCAAUGAUAUCUGAAGAUGAGCGCAAUAAGUUGUGCAAAUACAUUGACUGCCAAAAGCUCUCAAAUGAAGCUUGCAACCAUGCUGCACAGAAUGAUCGGCUCCCAGUUCAAAUGACAGUGAGAGUUCUCUAUUUUGAGCAGCUUCGAUUGAAGAAUAGCAUGUCAGGAAGUUCAGGAGAUGCACUGUUCUCCCAAAAAAUUAGCAGCGGCAUCCCAAGUGCUGCAAUGUCCCCCAGAGAUACGUAUGCAUCCUUGAGGAGGGAGAACCGAGAACUGAAGCUUGAGAUCUCAAGGUUGAGAAUGAGGCUCAAUGAUUUGGAGAAGGAGCAGACUUGCAUGAAACAAGAUAUGUUGGGCAAGUCAGGAAAUGGUAAAACAUUUUUAACUUCACUCUCAAAAGGAAUAGGGAAGAUUGGGAUUUUCAGCACUCCAAUGGGAAACAAGCGACAAAAAUCAGGAAGGAAAGGAAAAACUGCACGUAGUCGAAGGCACUCCGUUUCUUAGGAUAAUCAGAUGGAUCCAGAAGCUGCCUCCAGGUGGAAUACAGUAAACAGAAGAUAAAGACAUGGAACUCAAGAAAACAUGGUGAUAUAUCAGGUCAAAUUCUAUCUAUGAUAGUACUAUAAUUUAGCAUAUAUGAUAAAUUCUUGAGCACUUUACCUUCUUACUGCAGCUUCUGUAUCCAAAAUGCUAAGGCUUUUGCAUCCUAAUAAACACCAACAGACCUUUGACCUCCAAAAACAUGAGCAUGUAUGGUAUAUACAUCAACAAAUUUGUAAUUGUCAUGAUUUACAGAAGGGAAAGCAUGCUUAAGUACCUAUUUUUGUCUUCCCUAUGUGUUCGAGCCUUGGAGACAAACCGGUAUUUGAUCAUACUUUCCUGCUUCUGAAACAGAGAUGAGCGAGGCACAAAUCUUUCAACAAAAUAGUGUAUUAAUACUGAAGUAUUGUAUUUAUUUCGAAUGCUCCAA